AUGUCCUACACCCAGACCCACUCCCACCACGUCCUCCACCCAGACGCCUACCCGCCACGUCCUACACCCAGACGCACUCCCGCCACGUCCUACACCCAGACGCACUCCCGCCACGUCCUACACCCAGACGCACUCCCGCCACGUCCUACACCCAGACUCCUUCCCGCCACGUCCUACACCCAGACGCACUCCCGCCACGUCCUACACCCAGACGCCCUCCCGCCACGUCCUACACCCAGACGCCUUCCUGCCACGUCCUACACCCAGACGCACUCCCGCCACGUCCUACACCCAGACGCACUCCCGCCACGUCCUACACCCAGACGCACUCCCGCCACGUCCUACACCCAGACUCCUUCCCGCCACGUCCUACACCCAGACGCACUCCCGCCACGUCCUACACCCAGACGCCCUCCCGCCACGUCCUACACCCAGACGCCUUCCCGCCACGUCCUCCACCCAGACGCCUUCCCGCCACGUCCUACACCCAGACGCCUUCCCGCCACGUCCUACACCCAGACGCCUUCCCGCCACAUCCUACACCCAGACGCACUCCCGCCACAUCCUACACCCAGACGCACUCCCGCCACAUCCUACACCCAGACGCCUCCCCCCCACGUCCUACACCCAGACGCCUUCCCGCCACAUCCUACACCCAGACGCACUCCCGCCACAUCCUACACCCAGACGCACUCCCGCCACAUCCUACACCCAGAUGCCUUCCCGCCACAUCCUACACCCAGACGCACUCCCGCCACAUCCUACACCCAGACGCACUCCCGCCACAUCCUACACCCAGACGCCCUCCCGCCACGUCCUACACCCAGACGCCUUCCCGCCACGUCCUACACCCAGACGCCUUCCCGCCACGUCCUACACCCAGACGCCUUCCCGCCACGUCCUCCACCCAGACGCCUUCCCGCCACGUCCUACACCCAGACGCCUUCCCGCCACGUCCUACACCCAGACGCCUUCCCGCCACAUCCUACACCCAGACGCACUCCCGCCACAUCCUACACCCAGACGCACUCCCGCCACAUCCUACACCCAGACGCACUCCCGCCACAUCCUACACCCAGACGCCUCCCCCCCACGUCCUACACCCAGACGCCUUCCCGCCACAUCCUACACCCAGACGCACUCCCGCCACAUCCUACACCCAGACGCACUCCCGCCACAUCCUACACCCAGACGCCUUCCCGCCACAUCCUACACCCAGACGCACUCCCGCCACGUCCUCCACCCAGACGCCUUCCCGCCACGUCCUACACCCAGACGCCUUCCCGCCACGUCCUCCACCCAGACGCCUUCCCGCCACGUCCUACACCCAGACGCCUUCCCGCCACAUCCUACACCCAGACGCACUCCCGCCACAUCCUACACCCAGACGCACUCCCGCCACAUCCUACACCCAGACGCCUUCCCGCCACAUCCUACACCCAGACGCACUCCCGCCACAUCCUACACCCAGACGCCUCCCCCCCACGUCCUACACCCAGACGCCUUCCCGCCACGUCCCACUACUUCCUACAGCCAGACACACAAGGUUACAGAUAG